GACACCCUGUAUUUAUGACAAGGAUUGUGUGUUAAAUGUUUUAGGUGUGGGAAGGUAAAGGUGUUGUAAAAACAGCACGUCAGAUGCUUGGUGAAACAGAUCCGGUAAGUUCAAAGAAUUGAGUUAUUAAUUGUGAAAUGCCUUGAUGUGAUGAAUGAUGCUAUGUUGAUUAUAAUUCACUGAUCUCAUUGUAACUUUCUGCAUAGCCUAUCGAAGGGAAGAUGGCUGUGAAACUCAUUAGAAUAACAAUAUAACUCCUCUAUGUUGGUCAACGUUUAUUCAUAAAUCUGGUCCUUCACCGUCACGUGUGUAUUGUAUUCUUGCCCAACUAACCAAUAGCAAUGUUUGAAACUGGAAAUUGCUAUUGGUGGAUUUGGUAAAAAUACAAUACACACGUGACGGCGAAACGACCAGAUUUAUGAAUAAACGUUGACUAACAUAGAUAAUGAGUUAUAUUGUUAUUCUAAUGAGUUUCACAGCCAUCUUCCCUUCGAUAGGCUAUGCUUUCUGUAAGCUCGUAAAAAAAUAUUAAAUACAUGCAUAUAAUCAGAAAUAGUCAAAUGUAAUCCAGAAAUAAAUGUACAUGUCUAAAUAUGUUUUUCUCGUUGUUAGGCGAAGUCAUUGCCUGGAACAAUCCGUGGUGAUUACUGUAUUGAUAUUGGCAGGUCAGUGUUGAACGUAACGUUCUUUUUUUGUCAAGUGCCAUACUGUAUUUGAUAGAACAAAUUGCUCUCAUUAGCGAAGAGACUACCAGUAACCGGACCCGUUGUAAUUCGAGUGAAUGGCUUUGUUUCCAUUUUCGGCCGUUAUAUAUAGUCACCAAAAAUAUAACGUGUGCUUCUUUUGAACCUGGAAUUAACACACUGACCUUAUGUGAAGUUGGUGUUCAGUGUUUUUGAGCAGCCGCGCGAUUUUUACCCUUGUCCACUUUGGAUUUUGUCUUCCGUUAGCCUUUUGCAAUCCUCAAAAAUGUUUAAUUUUGGACAGUAAUGAAAUUCAAAAGCAGAAGAUCUCGAAAACGUUUGUAAAAUAUCAUGGCUUGGGCAAAAAUGUUUCUAUAUACUGCCAAUUCAUAAAUGAAGCAAAUCUGGACGAGGUGAUCCUCUUAUAAUAUAUUAGCAUAUACUCGGGAUAAUGCUUUUUGGAUAGUGGGAUAGUGCUUUUUGUGCAAUUUGAUUCCUCAGCUCAGAUAUCCUUCCAUUUUACCUACGGACAAAAACAAAAUGGCUUCAGACUAGCAAAUAUUUGUACCAUACAAAGUCGCGGUCAAACACGAAGAAAGCCAAGGUUUGCUAACAGUGUGUGUGCAAGUACUCUUUAAAGCUAUUUCUAAUGAAUAGAAUUACUAAAGCUUGAAAUAAAUACAGUUUUGUUUACAACUAUUAUGGGAGACUUUGGGAACUGUAAUAGUCUAGUAGAAAUUGCCUCAAAAAUAUUUUCGUUGUUUUUUUCUUCCGUUUUUGUUUUGUUAUUGUACAUGUAUAUGCUAAAACAAUUAUUCACCUCAGUGUCGGUGAAUAGUGCAAGGAUUCACCUCCACUUCGGUGAAUAAUUGUUAAUGGUAUUUAUAUCUGACAACGUGUGUUCCUUUUUCUUUAGAAAUAUUAUUCACGGCAGCGACUCCGUUGAAACUGCAAAUGAUGAGAUUAAACUUUGGUUCAAAGACGAAGAACUGGUUGACUGGAAGCCACAUAACCAUUGUUGUGUGUACGAAUAAGCGAACUGAAUAGGCCCACAGGCAAUGUAGUCUUGAAAUUGAAUUAAAAACUUAAAUUUUU